AGUGUGUCCUUGAGUAUUAUUUUAAAUGAUGCUAUUGGAAAAUGAGCACAUUCUACCAUUUGUUGAAAGGGCAGGGCAAAUACAUUUGCAGAGUAAUUAGCCCACCUGCCCUUCACAUGGGCAUCACAUAGCGUAACAGCAGCUUACAAAUGAAAAGAACCCCCCUCCCAACGUAGAAAAAGGAAGGAGAAGAGGCAAGAAUGGACUCCCAGUUAAGUUAAAUAUCCCUGCCAGAAGGGAAUGUUACUCAUCCCAAUUAGCCCCAAGCGAGGGGUUAGUUGCAAGCCUGAAAUCAAGUACAGUAAAUGUAUCGCUUUUUUAUCUACUGAUAUUUUCAUGGCUUGGUAUUUUGUUUUUCAGGGUAUAUUCUAUCAGUUGGAUUAGUCUGUUUUGCUAUUUGCAAGAAGCACGGACCACUCAGCAGUGAGCAAAGUAUGAACCUCUUGAUGUGGAUGCUGCAGCUGAAAGGCUUGGUCUUAAUUUAUUUUGGCACUGCGAUCCCACUGGUCGCCUAUGCAAUAAUAACUGCUAUGCUCUGUACAAAAAUCCUGCAUUAUCCCCUUCAGGCAUUCUGCUAUGUUGGCAACAAAGCUUCUCAGUAUUUCCACCCAGAAAAAUUGGAGACUCGUUAUCUGACAGAAGAUGAAUAUCGGGAACAAGGAGAAACAGAGACUGUGAAGGCCCUGGAGGAGCUGCGCAUAUUCUGUAGGAAUCCCACUUUCCCCUCCUGGGUAGCUGUGGUCAAACUGCAAUCCCCACAAAAGUUUGCAAAUUUUGUUCUAGGGUUUCCUCAUGUAUCUGCUGACGAAAUGACAGCCCACGAGGCACAGUACGGCAUCGGAGGAACCCUCCUAGAACAACAGCUUUUCCACCCAGAGACCGAGGCAGACCCAGAGCCCCAAACUGCUUCCCCUGAGGUGGAGGAGAGGAACAAAGAGGAGGGACUGAGGCUAUUACAACCAAAUGUCCUGCACUUCCACAGUAGAGAGUUCCUUUGAGCCACUGCUCAGGCCAGCAAAAAACAUGUAACAACAUCUGCUCUUUAAACUGUAGAGGGCAGUCAAGACUUUUUGAAGGACUUAACAUGACUUCAUUGGCUUCCAGGAAGCAGUUCAGUUUGCAAACCCAUCAUGACUCAGGUUAUGUAAGGAGAGAAUCCAGGCACAUCUAAAAGAUACUGGAUUUAGCCAACGGCUCUACUUAGAGCAACAAUUUGCUUACAGUUUGAAGAGGCGGUUUUUGGAGGACAGGGGCAAGGAAUUCCCUUCAGUUGCUCUGCCAAUUUACAAGGUUCACUUUACAGCAGUGUCUUUUAUUUGCCUGAUCAUCAGUUUCUGAGUUUGCGCAUUAAACCAUGGUGUGCUUAACUCUCAUUUGCUGAGUUCAUGCAACAUAUUAAGCCAUAAUCUUUGGUUUGAAAACCAUAAUGGCUGCAUGCUAAACCCAACCCAAACCAACCACAUUGCUUGAGACAAUCCAGUAUAGACAACUGGUGGUGUGAGAAUGAGCUGAGAAGUUAAAGUCACUUGUGAUUAACCACUUUACGUUAAUGACUUCUCUGCAGUAAUUGGGAUAUGUUGGAGUUGUUUUGUUUUAGUAUCAUUUGCAAAUAAACUGAGGGUUCUAGAUGUUACAUUUACCACAGAGCACUCAUCUUUACAAGAAGAGCCAAGGGAAAUCUUGGAGGGUAGUAGUAAUAAGAAUCAUCAUAAUUUAUUAAAUUUAUAUGCCACCCAACUCACAGUGACUCUGGGACCAGUAGCACAAGUAGGACAGAACUAGUGACUAGUGUUUAUUCCUGUGCACAUGGAGUCCUAAAUCCCAGUCAGGAUCAUUCUCCAAACCUUCCAAGUCCACAAGGGUGAUUCAUACUGCUCCCACCUUUCUGACUUUCUGCAAGACCUUUUGAUUAGCUAUUGGUUGUUUGGCUUUUGGUCUUUGGUCACCUUUUUUUUCUUCUUGAUAUAUUUUGGGGUUUUUUUUUCCUGCAAGCCACCCAGAGUCACCAUGGAGCCAAGCAGCCUUGAAAUUGAAAUAGUAAACACAUAAAUUAACAGGAGAAAGGCUUAGAAGCACAAAUCUGCAAGGAAACACAGUUGAGAGUUACUUUGGCUUCCAACCAGCUGGUUUAGGAUGGAGGACUAAAUCUUAGCUCUUGUUUAGUUUGGAAGAAGCUUUUUCUUGUGGGGCAACAGGCUACCAAAGGAACCAUAGGUUAUUGAGACUGAUGUUCCUUACAUCACAUCCUGAUUCCUUUCUACUAGGUAGGUAUACUAUGAUUUCCAUAGCAUUCAGGAUUUGGGAUGCAGAAUCUUAGUCUCUAGUCCUCAAACCUGAAACAAUUCACCUGAAUGUGUGUGCACUUAACAUGAUCCUAGAAACAUGGAGGGAGAACCAAGGAGAUCCUGUUCUUUAGUACACUUCAUUAUUAGUCUAGUUUGCUGUAUGUAAUCAUGAUCUCUCAGAUUAACCUAUCUCACUGGAUUGUUGUGAAGAUUUUAAAAAACGGAGAGACAUAAUCUUAUGCCUUGAAAUUUUAAAAGAAAGGUGAGGUACAAAUGUACAUAACAACAGAAUGUAUAUUGUGUAAAUUAGUGGAUUACUGACAAAAUGCACUGUGAAAUUAGAAGGGAACUGUUUGGAUUUUUUAAAUCCCAACUUAUUUGGAAUAUUCAAUUUCAAAUAAAAUAAGCCAUUGUAUAUAGAACAUGCAUUCAAAUUUAUUAAUAAAGUAUCUUAAUUCCUGCACAAAGCCCACAGGAUACCCGGCAAGGAGCAUCUGAUAGUGCUAAAUAUGGAGAUCUUUGCUGAUAAUAUUGAUGGGAUGUGCUCCCUGUUGCUCAAUACCCAGGUUCAAAUUCUUUCUAUGAACCCCUUGACGCCAAGGAUUAUGUGCAAAAUUAAAAUUAGGGAUAUAAUUAACAUCCUCCAGGCAAGGAAGAAGAAAGGUAGGGGGAACAGUUAAAUUCAUCCUUUGAAAGCUAGUUUUGGACUAGUCAGACUAUCCUCAAUCAGUACUUAACUGCACUUACAAGGAACUUUUAUGCUUCAUGUGCCAGCAAAUGAGAAUUGUUAGAGUAGGGAACAGUUUGAUUGCACCCUAGGUGCCAGAGAAGAAAAUGCCGCCUUGUCACAUAAGCUGGGAGUGCCAAGCCAAGCUUGGUUAAUCUCAGAACCUAAAACAGCUGGCACUUGGCUUGUACUUAGAUAAGAGACCUCAAGGACAUCCCAGGGCUGCAAGAAAGCAACCUCAAAGAAGGCAGUGACAAGUCACCUAGUUACCAGGAAGCAAGCUCAAUUCAGGGAGGUUAUCAAGAGUAAUUGUUUGCGGGGUAAGUGUCAUCAUAACCAUCUUAGAGCCAUGAUGGUUAUGCCAUCUAAAGGUGCCCUUACAGCACCUUUGCUCAACCUUGAGGCUGCAAUUUCCAACAUGAGUAUUAUUGGGUUGGAGGCUUGCUGGUAAUUUACAGAGCUCAGCUGUGUAAUCACUUGCAAAAAGUUGAAGGUGAAUCUUUUUUCUUUACCUUCAGCAGGAGACUAGCAUAAGCUUCCCUCAGCAUUGAGUCCCUUAUUACAUCUAGGCAUGUCACAGGCGCGCUGAAUACCUGGCUUCAUCCAACGCCUGAAUGAGCUGAGUCACCCAUUUGCUCCUUCUGCAAAUAGAGCAGUCAGAUUAGAUGAUAAAGUCUUGCUAAUAUUGCUUUUCACCCUGUACUCCUUAAAGGUCACAGCCCUACUCAGAGCCAUUAGCUGGAGGAAAGAGGUAUGACUGGUGAGCUGGGAAUGAGGGAAGCCCUUUAUGAGUAAUAACUAUCUCAUAACUACUCUGAUAAAAGCACAACGUAUUUAGUAAAUGGAGAAGCUUGCUAAUCUGCUCCUCCCAUGGCAUUUUAUGUUUUUAACAGGACAUGACAUUUUUUGACAUAUACGUGAAAUUUUAUUUAUCUCACUACAUUUUAACAACUUCACAAAUAUGAGAGCUGACUACAGCCCCGUUGCCCACUUACAAGGAAGGAACCAGUUUGACAGCAGGUUGGACAUGUAAACAUAAUGUGUAAGUUCAAUGCCUCACAACUCAGGUAUCCAACAUUAACGGUUAUUACCACAGCAUUUACCACAUAGAGUUCAGAUAAGUUCAUCUAAAGGAUUCAUUUCUUUUUUAAAUAACCAUUUUCAGUCUACUGUGUUUUUU